AUGGUACACCUUGUGGCUGUACCAGAGACAAUCACGGCAAGUGGCUGUGCUUGUGUCUUUAUUGACACGAUCUUCCGACUUCAUGGUUUGCCCCGUGAACUCGUAUCAGACAAAGAUCCACGAUUCACUGCUGAUUUCUGGCGUUCCGUGUUCAAAUCACUCGGAACGCGCUUGAAGAUGUCAACAUCUGAUCAUCCAGAGUCAGAUGGUCAGACGGAACGUGCCAAUCGUGUCCUUGAAGAGAUACUUCGAGGAUACGUACACUCCUUUAAGAUUCGGAGUGAGUUCUUGUCCAUGGUAGAGUUUGCCAUUAACAACUCGGUGCAUGCGUCCACGACACAUACACCGUUCUACGUGAAUGGCUUGCGCCAUCCACGUGUACCCACCUUACCCGAGUGCAACUCUGAGGUCAUUGCGUUUGAUGCCGAUAUCGAUAACAUCGAUAUCGAAGAAGAUGAUGCCAGUGAGAGUGCGGAAGCCCUCACUGAAGACAAUGAUCCCAGUGAGAGUGCGGAAGCCCUCACUGAAGAAAAGAUAAAUUCAUACUGGCUCGUGAAACGGUAG